AUGUCAGCCAUCGAACUCCCUCAACAUUCCAAACCCUCAAACAAUGGUCUCUUUACUUGCCUUGCUUGUCAUGUCGCCUUCCCGACAUCAGAACGACAACGCGAUCACUACCGCACCGACUGGCACAAGUAUAAUCUCAAGCGUAAAGUAGCCGAGCUUGCACCUGUGAGUGCUCAACAGUUUGCAGAAAAGUUGAUGGCAUCACAACAAAAGGGACAAGAAGAACAAGAGAAGAUGGGACUCAUUUAUGAAUGCCCCACAUGCAAGAAAUCAUACUAUUCCGAGAAUGCCUUCAACAACCAUAUUCAAUCCAAGAAACACAAGGAAAUGGAAUUGCAAAUGCAACAAGAGGAAGAUGAAGAUAUCGACAAUGCUGAGACAUCGGAUCAACCUUCGCCACCUCGUAAACAAGUUCUAUCGGAUGCAUUGGUGGAUUGUCUAUUUUGUAUGCACACGGCAAAGGAUUUCGAUGACAACCUUGAGCACAUGCGUGUCACUCAUGGAUUCUUUUUACCCGACACUGAAUACCUUGAAGAUCCCCAAGGCCUUGUGCGCUACUUGGCAACCAAGGUGCAAAAUGCCAUUUGUCUUUAUUGCAACGGUCGAGGAAAGGAAUGGAAGAGCAUCGAAGCUGUGAGAGCACAUAUGGUGGAUACUGGGCAUUGCAAGAUGGCUUAUGAUGAGAGCGAGGACCCUGAGGAGCUAUUGAAGUACUACAACUUUGGAGUGACUGAUACGACAUCGACACCAGAAGAUCAUGCUGUUGUGAAUGGAUCAAAAAGUGAACUUGUGCUCGACAAUGGUUUGCGGAUAGGACAUCGACGAUUCCUCAAGCACUACAAGAAGCAUCAUCAAACCAAUUCAGCCGAUGAUAAGCCAUCCGAAGAAGCUGAUGAUGACACGGCAUCACUUGCAUCGUUACCGAGACGUGAAAGACGCCACCAACGACUUGCUAUCACUGAUGGAAAUGAUCAACAACAACAACAAAUUGCACGUACGAUUGAAGGAAAGAAGGCAGCAUCAGCUAGACAAUACGCAGAACAAAGGAAGGCAGUGAAGCACAAUUUGAAUGCAACACGACGUGCCCGUGAACAAAACCCUAUAUAA